AUGCUUGCAAAUAGUACAAUGCAGUUCACUACGCCAUCAAUUUUCAUUCAAAACAAAGGUUUAUCGCUUGUUGAUAAAAAUUUACAUUCAAUUCCUCUUGAUUACAAAAUUUCCAACGACAAAAUGCCCUCAUUCUUCACAAUGUCGUUUCAAUUCUUUAUUCAGCGUCAUUUUAGCAUAUCAAUUGUUUCAUUAGUUAUUUUACUAGUUUGGAUAUAUGUUCAAUCAUAUUUAAUAAUACAUAGAAUCAGAGAAAUCAUUUCAGAGAUUGCAAAAAACGAAUCUCAUAUUUUGGCAUUUCCAUCGAAGUUCUUUUUAUAUGGAUCAAAUAUUAAUGAACCAGAAGGUUACGAAUUCGAUAUGAUUGCUAAAUUAUUUCAUGGAAUAGCUUCAAUUACGAUUUUAACUCAUUUUUCAAUUUUAUUUGCUUCUCCUUAUUCACAAUUACUGAAAUUUUCAUCGUAUACCUACAUACAAAGUACAAUACUAUCAAUUUUACAUCGUGAAAGGCGAGUUCCUCCAGGAAUUUUACUUUCAUCGAAUUCGAGAUCGUAUCUUCCAAAAGGGAGGUAUUGGCUCGAUGAAAGACACAAUCCUGUAUAUCCUGCCGUCCACGGAGGAAUAAAUGCUUUUUGCGCGUAUAAUUCUAACUCAAAUCUAUGUAAAAAUCAUACAAAUACCAAGCCAAAGCCAGCUAAACAACUUCCUAAUGUUGUUUUCUUGCUUCUUGAUAGUUUGUCGCCAUCUUAUAAUUUAUUAUCCAAAAAUUUUAUUCAAGAACACGUAAAUACUAGUGAAAAAGAUAUCAGAAAAAUCAUAUCAAACCAAAGCUACUUCAAUCCUUCAAUAUUUCCAAAUUUUGCGAAAUAUGAAAAAAUAGGAAUCACAUUUUCAGGAGUUUCUUCUCUUGGCGGGUCACCAGAGUCAGGAUGGCAUUCUCUAAUGACGGGAAUUUAUCCUUCCCAGACAAUAUCCAAUUAUUAUGAAGGAGUUUUAGUUCAUUCAGAUGAUUUUCCUUCAUUUUUCCACUCAGGAGGUUACAAGACACUUUACUUCAGUGGAAAACCGAUAAAUACCGAUUACCGUAAAUAUUGGGUCUGGAGAAGGACCGCAGAAGAAGAAUCCGAGAUUAGAUAUUAUUGUAACACUUCAAAAUACAAUUCUUCGACUGAUAAAUUGUAUUUAUCGCAUGAUCUACACCACUGUACUAAAGCAGAGAUGAUUGCUCUCGUAGAAAAAUAUAAAGAUCAAGAUUUUCCAACAUGGUACGAUAAAACUUACAGAUUCCCUGAAGACGAUGUUAGUUCUAUAGGAUUAUCUGAGAAAGAACUGCCAAAUUCAAGAAAUCCGAUAAUUCCUGAUAGAUUAAUUGCUUAUCAGCUGAUUUCCAAGUGGAAUGACACCAAGAAAUCAAGUAAGCAGCCGAUAUUUGCUUCUUUCGAAGGUGUAGAAACAACUUUCCCCUUUGAAGGUUUCGAUGAUGAGAAAUACUACGCUCCGUUCGACCAAUCUCUAUCGAAAUCUACUCCUGAAUAUAUAGAGCAGAAGUACGUCCAGGUUAUGAAGUAUUCUGACAAGUUCCAAGUCGGAUCUGUCCUUGAUUGGCUUUCCAAGAACGAUAACAACACAAUAUUUGUUAUCACAGGAAAAAGUGGUGCCAGGGAAAGCCCAAUUCAGAAGCCAGAUUUUCCGAUUUUUGAUGAUAUUGUUUAUUCAAGUGACUGCGCAACGGGAUCUAGUGGUUCAGACAGCUUUUUCACGACCAGUGCAAUUAUUGGAUACCUUGGCGAUGACGAAGAAGUCAAAAAUAUUCUGAAUUUAAACAAAAAUGCUGGAAAGACUCUAAAAAUACCAGCAGAUCAUAACGACCUUAUUUAUACUCUUCAGGAUAUUAUUUCGCAGCUAAAUAACACAGAAUUGCCUCCAACUCAUCGAAGAAGCCGGAAUUUAAUUGAAAUUUUGUCAAAAUCCAUCGAAUUAAAUGAUUUCGACAAAAUAAAUUCAUUUAUUAGCUCUUCGGGAUGGAAUAGCUUCUCAAUGACCACUUAUUUAGCCGAAUUCAGAGAUGGCCAUUCUCUUCUCAAAACUCACACUGCCCAUCCAAAAGGAUCUCAUUAUUACCAGUUCGGAUCAUUCCCUAACUGCCUUAGAAAGUACGAAAACGAGCCAAUGAAGUUAGGCGGAGAUAUCGCUAAAACAAAGUACGAUAGGAUGCUGUCAUUAAUUGCAACCGAAAACUAUAUGACGUUUAGUAAUCGUCUUUACAAUUUCGGGUUCAGAAACAAAACAUGUAUAGAAAAUGGGUACUGCGAGUUCCCGGAGCCGAAAGAGAUUAAGAUUAAUGAUAACUUCUAUAUAGCUAGUAUCUGUGUGUUACCUUUGUUUUUGCUUGGUUUCGUUUCAUUUUUAUUGAAUAUUCUUGUUGUAUUAAUGCCUCCGUUUAACAUCGGAACUAAUACGCCUAUGCAUAAGAGAAGACAAUCCUUCUAUCAAUUAUAA